CGUGGCUGGGGUCUCCGCAGAGCAGGAGCCCUGCGUGGCUGGGGUCUCCGCAGAGCAGGGGCCGGGCUUCCACCCGGCCGGGAUGCCGCCUGCACUGUGUGGGUUCUGGCCGCUCUAGUUAGGGUCUUGACCCGAUCCCACCUUUAGCCGUUGUGCCUUCAUCGUGUGCCCUCCCGGUUGAAGUGUGGGGCUCCGGAAGCUCUCCAUCUGCUGGAGGAGAGUAUCCCACCACGUUCUGGAAGUGCCGCGGGAUGCUCGCUAGCUCUUUAAAAUCGCACCGGGCUUUGAGUAAAAGAGAGGAGGUUCCUGAAGUUAGGUGACCUGAAAAGAAGCGCUGUUCUCUUUACAGUCAUCCAUGGCCUCAUCCACCCAUGCCUGCAGCCAGGAUCUCUGCUGUGGACCGUCUGUGUGACUAGAGGGAGAUUGUAAUCUCCUGUGUUGGGUUCUUUCACUCAACAUGAUAUGGUCAGAGUUCGUCAGCGUUGCGCAAUAUAUCCACAUGUUCUUUGCCCCGGACUCCUCCUUCAGCUGCCUCGGCAAUGUUUUCUGGUUUGCAUAGGAGGAGCAGAGGGAACAUCGUUGGACCACUGGGCCAGUGACUUCGCAUCAGACUGGACAUUGGUUCACAAUGACAUCUUUGCCAGGACAAAGAUAGACCCUAGUGCCUUGGUGCAGAGGCUGGAGCUGGACCAGAAGAGUGUGGUGUCCCUAAAGAGAGGUACAGAGCCAAAGACCAUUUUGCCCAAGAAGGAAAAACUGAGGCUUCGCCAUGAGCGAUGGCUACAGAAAAUCGAAGCCAUAAAGCUGGCUGAGCAGAAGCUCAAGGAGGAGCGGAGGCGCAGGGCCACGGUGGUGGUGGGCGACCUGCACCCCCUGAGGGAUGCCCUACCUGAGCUGCAGGAACUGGAGGCCAGCCGUCGGCAGCACACCAGGAGCAGGGUGACCAGCAAGCCCAGGCCAGUGGAGCUUAGCCGGAUGAGCACAGCCCAGCGACAGCAGCUCCUUGAGGAAGAAAGGACUCGGUUUCGGGAGCUGCUGGCCAGCCCAUCCUACAGAGCCAGUCCCCUGCUGGCCAUCGGGCGACAACUGGCCCACCAGAUGCAGCUGGAAGGUGGCAAACAGCUCUGACCAGGACAGUGCGUGCCAUGAGAUCCAGAGGACUCACGUGUGGGUAGAGGUGCCGGCAGCUCUUGAACCCUGUCCUGUACCUGCGUGGCUGCCUAACCAGCCUUGAGACCUAGGGAGGGGGAAGGAAGAGCUGCUGGUGAGGACAAAUAAAGUGACUUAUGGACUGUGGCUUCCGUGGCCUGGAGCCCUUCUGUGGCUUCCCUUCACUUGGAGCCAGCUGCUCCUGCAUUUCCAAGGCUGAGCUGACCCUGGGACAGCUGUCCUGGUCCUCUGCAGAACAAAUCCAGGGUCCCCAGCUAGGGGGGCAGAGUUGGAGUGGCUGGUCAUGUGAGGAUUUGCAGGGUCUGCACCAGUGUGAAACGAAACCUGUCAAGUAGCUCCAUCCCCGAGACCUCGGCACUCCUCCCCAGCUCUGUUUGGGAUCCUGGUCACAGCGGGGCACCCCAGCUGGCCACCUUGUCCCUCACAUCAUCUGCCUUCAUCCAGGCCACACCUUCUUGUGGCUUUGGCCUCUCUCAGCCCAGGCUUCUUGCUGCCGUUUACUGCUGUGACCAGGGAGGCAGGUGGUCCUGCCUGGAGAUAGAACAGGCCUAGCUCCAUUAUCACGUGGCUGGGUGGAAAAGUGGACUUGGGUCAGGCAUUAGUGGCUUCUCAGGAUGUGAAAGGGGAGCGCAACACCCACAGGUCCCGUCACCCAACUGACCCAGCUUACAUCUGGGGGGUGCUGAUGUGACUCCUCAUGCCCCCCAGGUGGUCCCUAGCCUUUUACAGGGGGACCCAAAUGCUCAGGCCCCAUCCUCAUAGGUUCCCAGCUCCCAUGAUGGGGAGUCGGCAGCAGUGGAGCCUGGGCCCUUUGUCUGGGCAGAACAGAUGAGGCCCCAGUCCUGGUGUAGAAUCAUAGGUCACUUGGUGAAUGGAAGUGGGUAAGAGUGAAUAGGCCUAAGCUGGGUGUGGCAGAGGCAGGCAGAUUUCUGAGUUCAAGGCCAGCCUGGUUUGCAGAGCAAGUUCUAGACAGCCAGGGCUACGCAGAGAAGCCUUGUCUAAAAAAACCAAAUAAAUUUAAACAAAAAGUGACCAGGCCUGGACACAGACUCAAGUUCCCUUUAUCAGAGGCCAUUUCAGCCAUCUACUGAGACACUGGGGCUGCCUUGCUGGGGGAAAUAGGUUCUCAUUAAGAGAAACCGUGUGUGCCUAAACCCACCUGUGGUGUGAGUGCCAUCCAGUGUGGCUGGUACGACUUAGAAGGCUUCCCAUCUUCAUCACGCUCUCUGUACUGAGGUUUCUGUGCUGCGACUUGAAAUGACUCCAGUUUUGCCAUGGCUAGCACCUUUUCAUGAUGCCUGCCGCGGAACCUAGGACCACCCUUCAGGGUCCUACUCGGGAGAGCAUUCCACAGGCCAGCAUCCUGUACAGGGCAGGUGCAGCAGGUCAGGGCCAGCCCAGCAGAGGACACUUACGUGGACUGAGCAGGAGAGGAGUCAAGAGGACAUCGGGCAUUGCUGGGACUACCUCGGAAUCGCUGCAGAAAAGUGGCCUGAGAUAAGCGUGUGUAUAAGAGCAGAGCUGCGCUCAGCUGGCCAGAGGCUAGACCCCGUGGGCACUCGGGGUCUAUCGGCUAUUAGUGCCGUUUCACUUCAGCCAAAGCAUGGUCAUGGAUGGACACAGGAGGCAGAUCCCAAGAAAGCAGCUCUCUGCGUCGAUGAUGGGAGUUUGCUGGGUUUUUUUAUUUCCUAAUCUUUAUAGAAUGAAUUACAUGGCAAUACAUUUCUGUGAAAAUGUA